GGUGAGGACCUGGGGUCGCAAGCCCCAGAGUCCAGGGCCCAGGAAGCGGGGCUGCGGUAGGGGCGGAGAGAUCCUGCUAGGUUCCGCCCCUGCGCUUGCCCGCCUCCCUUUUAAGCACCUCCUGCCCAGCCUCGACUCCCGCUCGCUCCAACGCGCUCCCUCCUUCCCCGCCUUCCUUAUCUCCCCGUCUCCGCACGGUUCCUGUGGCCACCCCGCAGCCUCCGCCCAGGUGCCAUGGCUGCUGUGUACCGCCCCGGCCUGCGGCUUAGCUGGCAUGGGCUGAGCCCCUGGUGUUGGUCAUCAUGCCGCAGCAUCCAGACCCUGCGUGUGGUCAGUGGAGAUCUGGGCCAGCUGCCUGCUGGAGUUCGAGACUUUGUGGAGCACAGUGCCCGCCUGUGCCAACCAGAGAGCAUCCACAUCUGUGAUGGGACUGAGGCUGAGAAUACUGCCACACUGACCCUGCUAGAACAGCAGGGCCUCAUCCGAAAACUUCCCAAGUACAAUAACUGCUGGCUGGCCCGCACAGACCCCAAGGACGUGGCACGAGUAGAAAGCAAGACGGUGAUUGUAACUCCUUCUCAGCGGGACACGGUGCCCCUCCCAACUGGUGGGGCCCGUGGGCAGCUGGGCAACUGGAUGUCCCCAGCUGAGUUCCAGCGAGCUGUGGAUGAGAGGUUUCCGGGCUGCAUGCAGGGCCGCACCAUGUAUGUGCUUCCAUUCAGCAUGGGUCCUGUGGGUUCCCCAUUGUCCCGCAUCGGGGUGCAGCUCACUGACUCAGCCUAUGUGGUGGCAAGCAUGCGUAUUAUGACCCGGUUGGGGACACCUGUGCUUCAGGCCCUAGGAGAUGGAGACUUUGUCAAGUGUCUACAUUCUGUGGGUCAGCCCCUGACUUCACAAGGGGAGCCGGUGAGCCAGUGGCCAUGCAACCCAGAGAAAACCCUGAUUGGUCAUGUGCCUGACCAGCGGGAGAUCAUCUCCUUCGGCAGCGGCUAUGGUGGCAACUCCUUGCUGGGCAAGAAGUGCUUUGCCCUGCGCAUCGCCUCUCGCCUAGCCAGGGAUGAGGGCUGGCUGGCGGAGCACAUGCUGAUCCUAGGCAUCACCAACCCUGCAGGGAAGAAGCGCUACAUAGCAGCUGCCUUCCCCAGUGCUUGUGGCAAGACAAAUAUGGCCAUGAUGCGUCCCGCAUUGCCAGGCUGGAAAGUAGAGUGUGUGGGAGAUGACAUCGCCUGGAUGAGGUUUGACAGUGAAGGUCGACUCCGGGCCAUCAACCCUGAGAAUGGUUUCUUUGGGGUGGCCCCUGGCACCUCUGCCACCACCAAUCCCAAUGCCAUGGCCACAAUCCAGAGUAACACUCUUUUCACCAACGUGGCUGAAACCAGUGAUGGCGGCGUGUACUGGGAAGGGAUUGACCAGCCUCUUCCACCUGGUGUCACCGUGACCUCCUGGCUAGGCAAACCCUGGCAACCUGGUGACAAGGAACCCUGUGCACAUCCCAAUUCUCGCUUCUGUGCCCCGGCUCGUCAGUGCCCUAUCAUUGACCCAGCCUGGGAGGCCCCAGAGGGUGUCCCCAUUGAUGCCAUCAUUUUUGGAGGCCGCAGACCCAAAGGGGUGCCCCUGGUAUAUGAGGCCUUCAACUGGCGUCAUGGGGUAUUCGUGGGUAGUGCCAUGCGCUCUGAAUCCACUGCAGCAGCUGAACACAAAGGGAAGAUCAUCAUGCAUGACCCAUUUGCCAUGCGGCCCUUUUUUGGCUACAACUUUGGGCGCUACCUGGAACAUUGGCUGAGCAUGGAGGAGCGCAAGGGAGCCCGGCUACCUCGCAUCUUCCACGUCAACUGGUUCCGACGUGAUGAGGCAGGCCAAUUCCUGUGGCCAGGCUUUGGGGAGAAUGCUCGGGUUCUAGACUGGAUCUGCCGGCGAUUAGAAGGGGAGGAUAGUGGCCGAGAGACACCCAUCGGGCUGGUGCCAAAAGAAGGAGCUCUGGAUCUCAGCGGCCUUGGAGCCAUAGACACCACUCAGCUGUUCUCGCUCCCCAAGGACUUCUGGGAACAGGAGGUUCGUGACAUUCGGAACUAUCUGACAGAGCAGGUCAACGAGGAUCUGCCCAAGGAGGUGUUGGCUGAACUGGAGGCCCUGGAGGGACGUGUGCGCAAAAUGUGACCCGACUCAUACUGGCAAAAUAGCACAAUACCAACAUCUGGGAAAAGGGAGCCCCAGGCUUGCAGAAAAUAUGAGCAGUUUGGUGUUAACAUCUGAGACCAGACCACAGACCUUCCCCAUACACUGUCUAAUAAUAAGAGAUGCUCAUUUAUUUUAUAUAA